AUGGCAAUUACUACUCGGAGUGGGAAAGUACUACAAGGAGAGAGUGAGCAAGUGGUUGAAGUAGAAGAAUCCGAACAAGAGGUUGAUAUUGAAGAGCCAAAGUUUGUUGAAGUUGGAAAGGUUCCAGAAGAGUUGAAAGUUCAAGAAGUGAAUCGGGAAGAGGUAAAGGAAAAGAAGAGAACCACCAAAAAUGAAGUGGUGAUUAUAACUCACCGGGUUAGUUCCAUUAUUGCAACAACCACCAUUCAAAAGAAAGAAGACCCGGGAGCUUUCACUAUUCUAUGCACUAUUGGGGCGUUUGAUUUUGCAAGAGCCCUUUGUGAUAAUGGGACUAGCAUCAACUCAAUGCCUCUUGCCAUUUACAAGCAAGCAGGGUUAGGUAUGCCAAGGCCCACAAGUAUGAGAUUGCAAAUGGCCGAUUGUUCCAUAAAGAGAUCGGUGGUAAUUGUCGAUGAUAUGCUUGUAAAAGUGGGUAAAUUUCAUUUACCCGCCAAUUUCGUAAUCCUUGAUUGUGCAGUUGACAAAGAGAUCCCUGUCAUCUUGGGGAGACCAUUCCUUGCCACAGGAAGAGCACUAAUGGAUUCAGAACGGAAUGAGAUCAAAUUCCGUGUGAAUGAUGAAAAGGUUACAUUCCAAGCAAACAAGGGUAUGAAACUACCACAUGAAUAUGAAAGCAUCUUGGUGAUUGAUGUUGUUGAUGAAGUGGAAGAUGCGGUUGAAAUAAAGAUGGAAGAACAAUGGCCCGGUGAGGCGUUGGCGGCUAUUUUGGUAAAUUUCGAUGGUGAAGAUAUGGAGGGGUAUAUGGAAUCAGUCAAUGCAUUGGAAGGGCUUGGGUCCUACACUUAUGCUCCGAAGAAGCUCUCUCUCGACUUGGAGAAUAGAGCCACUCCUCCCGCAAAGCCUUUAUUAUUGAGCCACCGCAACUAG